CUCAUUGGAGUUAUUCAUGCAUGUUCAGUUUGCUCAAGGACUGAUAUCAUCAGUUCCCUCUCUAUAUAAGUUCUCAGAGAAGAUGAGCUUCUUAGAGGCCAUCUCUUUACUGGAAACCUCGUAAUUCUGCAAGAAUGAAAACCACCUUAGCCUGCCUUCUUGUUCUUGCUGCUAGCCUGCCACUGUCCAAUGCCGAAUGCUUCCUUCAGCCAUUGAUUCCAAGACCAUCUGGUGAUGAGAUCAAAAACUGCCAUGACUCAAAAGGAGAGCUGCAUGAAUUCGGUUCCAGCUGGAAGACUGAGGACUGCUAUGAUUGCUCCUGUUCCAGAGAGGGAAUUAGCUGCUGCUCCAGCUUUGCAAUACCAUCUGACUAUGAUAAAGAGAAGUGUGUAAGCAUUUUCAACAAGGAGACCUGCACUUAUAAAGUAGUGGAGAAAGACGAUAACUCAAAAGAAUGCCCAGUCCAUGCGUGGGUGGCCUAACAGACAAGGAUUGUGUGUUUAGGGAAUAUUUCUAUUUUUUUUAAGGGUUCUCUUACUCUCACAAAUUCAAAAAAAAACCCUGAAAAAUGUAGCCAUUGAGUGAUAUGUAUUCAUAAACCCUAACACAUAAUAAAACUGUAUAUCCACUUAAAAAAACUCCUUUGGAUUCUCUGCAUUCUUCUUCCCCAUGGAGAAAAAACUGGCUUGCUGCUUCCUUGAGAUCAGAAACUAAAGCUGAUGUUUUUAAGCAUCCUCAAUAGCUGCUAGUUUUAAUUCUUUUCUAGACACACUUCAGUGCCAGGGACUAAGAGGUCUGACACAAAAAAACAAGACUAACUCUGUAGCUCAGGAACCAAGAGUGGGAGGGGAGAGCCAUAGUUAUAGAACGUGUUCCAGCCUGUCACAGUGAGACCAGCCUCGACUUGAUCACUUCACUCAGUAUCAGUGGAUGUGUGUUCAAAUAUAGACAUUUUCUUACCCUGGGUUGGAAAAUGUCAGUGUGCAGGAGUGAAGAGCAAGUUAACAGCAAGUUUCUUGUGAAAAUGAAGAAAUCCAUGAUGGAAAGUUUCCAGUUAUUGACUGAGGCUUAUGGUGAAGAGAUCCAAAAGAUCAAGUCUGUGCUCAAAGGAACACAUUUUUUUGAUGGUAGAAGAUAUGAAACCAAAACUGUUUGAGAUCUUCAACAGCCUUUCAGACUGCAGAAUUGCUUUGAACUUUGGCAGCAUCAUGUGCUGCUGUGUGACACCUCAGAACAGAACUAUUUUGAAGGUUAUUGUAGUUGAUUUUCUUAAUCUGUUAAAUAAAAAGUUAC